AUGGCGCGGCUCAUCCGCGCAAAUUCUACGCUUCCGACCCUCCUCCUUCUCUUCGCAAUUGCCUUAGGCCUUCCUUCCGCAUUUGCGAAGGUCGACCUUUACACCGUGUGCGGCCGGCAGGAGGCAAAGGAUGGCGCGGUGUCGUUCAAAGUAGUCACUUACAACACGCUGCUCCCCAUCAGCCAGCCAGUCUCGCCGCUCGACGCGGUCAUUCCCCCCAAGGGCUCCGUUAGCAUCACUGGCGACUGCACAUACGCCGUCGACUCAGCAUGCAACAUCGUGAAGAAACUGCCCCAAUGCAAGGCCAGCACGUGCUGCGUUUACUCCAAGCGUCCAUUCCGUCUGGCUCUAAACUCCACGUGCACUUCUCCCAACUGCCGCGUUUGGGCGUCUGAGUUCUCUGGUCGCUGCCUCGGCGGUGCUGCAAGCAGCAAGGGCAGCAAGUGCAAUAAGGCGUAG